AUGGUUCAAAUUUAUUCAGCAUUUAAUAUAUGCCUUAUAUUCUUUGUGGCAUUAUUAGCAAUCGUUUUUCCUCUUUCAAAAUCUCAAACUAAUAAUAAAAUUCAAUGUGAUGAAGUAUCUAGAGCACUCAAAAAAAAUAAACCAAUUGGAUACAAUGCUGCCAAAAAAUGUCUUAAGAGCUUUCCUUUUAAUGCUAAACACGCUACCGAAACGGUUGAUCUUACGUUACAUCACUUGAAAAAUUAUUAUAUUUUCUUUGAUCGAGCCAAAGAACCAACAUCAAGUGGACUUACUUAUCAACCAGUAGACCUAGAAAAAGAAUUAAAGUCAUUACGUACAAAACCUUUUGAAUCGGAUUAUGACUUUACGACAGUUUUAAGAAAUCUUCUUUUUGAAUUAAAAGAUGGUCAUACAAGAAUCACAAAUCUUUGUUAUCAAAAUUUUGUUUAUGAUCAGAACUUAAAUUUAUAUUCAGUGAUUACGAAAGAUAACAAACAGGUUUUCAAUGACACAUUAGAUCCAUCAAAUAAUGACUGUGAAGUUAUUGAAAUUGAUGGAAAACCUGCCUUACAAGUGAUAAUUGAUUUUGCAGAUAAUAACAUUGCAUAUUCAAAAGAUCGGGGUGUUCGAUUCAACAUGGCUUUAGCUCCUUGUGCAAAUUUAUUUUCACAACAAUUUACUUUACGAGUAGAUUUACCUGAAACUUCUAGUAUCACAUAUAAAUUAACGUGUCCAAAAAAAAACAAAAAAACCCCUUUUAAAUUAGAAAGGUUAUGGAACAUUACAUAUAACGAUGGAAUUAAUCUUUUCCAAAACUUUUGUUUAGAUCAAAAUAACAUUACUACUUUUUCGUCUGAUGAUCAUUUUGCUCCAAAUAGUAAAGCUACAAAUAGUAAAUUUACAAAUAGUAAAGUUACAAAUAGUAAAAGGUCAACAUCAAGUAAUCAAGUUAAAGCAUCGACAUCGAACAAUAAACUUGCACAUGCGAAAUUAGUAGCUGAUAAUUUUUACUUAUUAGAUGAUGGAAACAAAGUUGGUGUUAUAGUAAUUACUGAAGAAAAAAAAUACGUUGAGGGUAUGGUAAUAGACGGUUUAAAUGAAUUUAAAAAACGAGGUGUUAAAAAGAUUAUUUUAGAUAUGUCAAAUAAUGAAGGUGGUCUACUUACUGUAUCUCUAUUUUUGCCUUCUUUACUACUUUCACCCGAACAACCAAAUUCGUUUCCAACGGACAUAAUUAUUAAUAAUUUUACUAUUCCUAAGAUAAAAGACAAUUUUAAACACAAAAGUUUUGAUGACCAAGAUUCGUAUAAUCCAAAUUUUUUUUUGAACUUUCCUGACGGUGAUAAAUUUACUUCUGCUGAAGAGUUUAUAGGAUCUCUAAAAAAUCAGAGAUCUAACUUAUACCUUAAUGCUUUAACACCUAAUGAAAAGAAAUUACUCAAUAAUACCUCUUUUCCAUGGACUAGUAAUGAUAUGAUCAUUAUAACUAAUGGUUUUUGUGGAUCUGCAUGUGCGUUAACCACCAUAUUUUUUUCCGAAGUUCAUAAUGUUAAAACAAUUGCCGUUGGUGGCCUUCUUAAUACUCCGAUGUCAUAUUCCACUUAUCCUGGUGGUGAGGUUACAUCACCUGAAGUUAUCGCAUCAGAUGCUGGAGAUAAUACUCCUGAUCUUCCCGGAGUAAACGCAUUUAUUCUUGCUAUAAGAGAAUCUUAUGGUUUUGUCAAAAAUGGUACCAAUAAUAAUAUAGUCGUAAAAGAUAUAUUAGAAUAUACAUUUAAACCUGCUGAUCAUAGAAUUUACUAUGAUGAAAAUAAUGCUAAAGAUUCUAGCUUCUUAUGGCUUAAAGCUUCUGAAAUUUUAAACAACAAAGCUUAG